GUCACAAUCUAUAUAGCCCACUUCCGCACCUUUACUCUCUCUCUCUCUCUCUCUCUCUCUCGCUCUCGCCUCUCAUCCUCUCCUCUCCUCUCUAAACUUCUCCAGCCAUGUCUGCCCUCGCUGCUCUCCGUCCCCUCGCCCGCGCUUCGGUCGCCCGCACCGCUGCCGUCCGCACCAUGGCCUCCUCGUCCAAGUUCGCGACUUACAACUGGGAGGACCCUCUCAACAUGAACUCGCUCCUUACCGACGAGGAGCUCGCCAUCCAGGAGACUGCCCGCAAUUACGCGCAGGCUGAGCUUCUCCCCCGUGUCACUGAGGCCUACCGCAACGAGACCUUUGACAAGGACAUCAUGACUGGCAUGGGCGAGCUCGGCCUCCUCGGCCCUACCAUCCAGGGCUACGGGUGUGCCGGUGUCUCCAACGUCGCCUACGGCCUCAUCGCGCGUGAGGUCGAGCGCGUCGACUCGGGCUACCGCUCCAUGAUGUCGGUGCAGUCAUCGCUCGUCAUGCACCCCAUCAACGAGUUCGGUACAGAGGCUCAGAAGGAAAAGUACCUGCCCAAGCUCGCUAAGGGCGAGUGGGUCGGCGCCUUCGGCCUCACCGAGCCCAACCACGGCUCGGACCCCGCGGGCAUGGAGACCACCGCGACCAAGACCAAGGAUGGGUGGGUUCUCAACGGCUCCAAGACCUGGAUCUCCAACGCGCCCGCCGCAGACGUCUUUGUCGUUUGGGCUCGUGAGGUCGUGGACGGGCAGAAGGGCAAGAUCCGUGGCUUCGUCCUUGAGAAGGGCGCUGAGGGUCUCUCGGCUCCCAAGAUCGCGCACAAGCUUGCCCUCCGCGCCUCGGUCACCGGCUCCAUCUUUAUGGACAACGUUCAGCUCGGUGAGGACGCCCUUCUCCCCAAGUCUGGCGGUCUCGGCUCGCCUUUCUCGUGCCUCAACUCGGCCCGCUUCGGCAUCUCGUGGGGUGUGAUGGGUGCGCUUGAGGACUCGAUCGCCCGUGCUCGCGACUACGCUCUCGAGCGCAAGCAGUUCGGCCGUCCCCUCGCCUCGUUCCAGCUUGUCCAGAAGAAGCUGGUCGACGCCCACGCCACCGCCACCCUCGGCCUCCUCGGCGCGCUCCAGCUUGGUCGCCUCAAGGACCAGGACGGCCAGUGGUGCCCCGACAUGAUUUCGCUCAUGAAGCGCAACAACUGCGGCAACGCGCUGCAGCAGGUCCGUGUCCUCCUCGACAUCUUCGGCGGCAACGCCUGCUCGGACGAGUACCACGUCGGCCGCCACGAGGCCAACCUGCAGGUGACCAACACUUACGAGGGUACCUAUGACAUCCACGGCCUUAUUCUCGGCAAGGCUAUGACUGGCAUCGCUGCCUUUGCCAACUAGACUAGACUGCUGUGUCGUUUUGUGUCUCUCGUCCCUCCAUCUCAUUAGUUGUGUCUAGCACUUGGGCUGUGGGUCAUGUAUAAGUAUUGCUGCGUUUGUUCGAGGUGCAGUAGAUUGUUGCGUAUGCGAUCAACUCGAC